UCGACUGGCGCGGCACGGACUCACGGAGGCGUGAGAAACCAGGGAUUAGACGAAGACGACUACUGCUAGCUACUACGGAUACGGUAUCGUAAUUCGUAAGCCCAGAAUUCUCCAAUUUCUUCAUUCUCACUGCUGCUUCUCAUCUCUUACCUCUGUUCCGUCGCCACUCCCAGAACACCACCUCGCCCUUGAAUGCCUAUAUUGAUCAGAGAGAGGACAAUCUAUUGGACUGUGAAUCCAAGAUAACCAAAUCCUAAUAAUGGCAUUUUCUCAAUUGAGUGGUAGCACGGUAUCCAACGGGCUGCGACAUGACAUUAGACAACGGGAAUUGAUGAAGGAAAUAUUGUUUAAGUUCCACCCGACACAAUCAAACCCCGUUCGAAAUUUCUGUUUAAGAAGAGUUGGUAGUAGUAGGAUGAGAUGUGUAGAUGGCAGUAGGAAUUGUUCUUUGUCCAUAAGCAACCAAAACAAUUUUCUAUCUUCACAAUUAAUCCACCCAAGGAAGCAGUUUUUCUUGAGGGCAAAUAAUCCUGCUAGCUCAAAUUUUGAUGUUCAAUCUUGUAAGCAGAAGGAUGUUUCUGCUGUGGGAGACAAUACCCUCUCAAACUCAAGCGGAGAGGUCCUAGAAUUAAGUGAAACUAUUUCUUCUGAAACCAAUGGAAUUGGGAAUUACUUGGCAGACUCUACUACUGCUUCACUUCACUCCCAGGAUAUUAAGCGUGAACUUGUCAUACUCUCUUUACCAGCACUUGCUGGUCAAGCCAUUGAUCCUCUGACACAGUUGAUGGAGACUGCUUACAUUGGCCGCUUGGGUUCUGUGGAGUUGGCUUCUGCUGGUGUUUCCAUAUCAGUUUUUAAUGUCAUUUCAAAACUAUUUAACAUUCCUCUACUUAGUGUUGCAACAUCAUUUGUUGCUGAAGAUAUUGCUAAGAGUGAGACUGGAUUUUCUCCAUCAGAAGGGGAUGAAGGUUCCAAGAGUAAACCUUUCAAUGGCAGAGCAGAAAGGCAUCAACUUUCUUCUGUCUCCACAGCAUUACUUUUGGCAGUUGGCAUUGGCAUCAUUGAAGCUUUAGCUUUGUCUUUGGGAUCUGGUCCGCUUCUUAGUUUGAUGGGCAUUUCACAUACUUCACCUAUGCGAGCUCCAGCACAAAGGUUUCUGGCUCUGAGAGCUCUUGGUGCUCCUGCCUUCGUAGUUUCUUUGGCUCUUCAAGGCAUUUUUCGUGGUUUUAAAGAUACAAAGACUCCUAUGUUCUGUUUAGCUAUUGGAAAUUUUAUGGCUAUAUUUUUGUUUCCAUUACUUAUGUUCUACUACCAAUUGGGUGUAUCUGGAGCUGCCAUAUCCACUGUCAUAUCACAAUACUUGGUGACCUUUUCAAUGCUUUGGUGCUUGAAUAAGAGAGCUGUAUUGUUACCCCCAAAACUGGGAGAAUUACAAUUUGGUGGCUAUCUGAAAUCUGGUGGUUUUCUACUUGGAAGGACUCUUUCGGUCCUUUUCACUAUGACACUUGGUACAUCAAUGGCUGCUCGUCAAGGUCCUGUAGCAAUGGCUGCUCACCAAAUAUGCUUACAAGUAUGGUUGGCUGUCUCCCUACUCACAGAUGCUCUGGCUGCAUCUGCACAGGCACUCGUUGCCAGUUAUUCGUCAAAGGGUGAUUAUAGGGUUGUGAAGGAGAUUACACACUUUGUUUUGAAGAUUGGACUGGUUACUGGUGUUUUUUUAACCUCUGCGUUGGGUGUUUCUUUUGCUUCUCUGGCAACUUUAUUUACCAAGGACAUGGAAGUAUUGGGAGUAGUCAAAACUGGUGUAUUGUUUGUGAGUGCCAGUCAACCGAUAAAUGCUCUAGCUUUUAUUUUUGACGGUCUCCAUUAUGGUGUUUCAGAUUUUGCAUAUGCAGCUCGUUCUAUGAUGUUAGUGGGUGCUUUAUCUUCUGCAUUUUUGCUCUAUGCUCCAAGAGUUUUUGGUCUUCAGGGUGUUUGGUUGGGCUUGACCCUUUUCAUGGGAUUGCGAAUGAUGGCUGGUUUUAUAAGGAUUUUCUCAAAGGAUGGUCCUUGGUGGUUCCUGCACUGUGACAUGGAUAAUAUAAUGAAUCAACUUUCAGGUGCUGGCUAGGGCAGAUAGACAUUAAGACCUUCCAGCUUGCACUUGAAUUUUAGUAUUCGAAGUAUGUGUUGGAUGGGGCCUUGCUUCUGUUAUCUAAUCUCUAGGCGAGUGGGCCUUUCUCCCCAAUGGUUGGGAAAGAGU